AUGGCAGACGCUAGUACAGCGACUCUGACAGCCUACUCCUAUGUCACUAUCGUCAUUUUCUUGUUGGUAGUGAUACUCAUUAUUCGCCCGGUUAAGAUACGCAUUGGUCCACAUAUCAAGAUAUACCUCAACAUUUCGACAGUGCCACCGUUGGGUGUUUUGAUACUGCUUGUAUGUAGAGCCAUCAAUUUCGAUGUCGUGGGCAAGGGUUUUCUUGGGACGUUAGGUGUCCAGCCAUGGGCCAUCAUGAUUCUAUUCUACUCUUUGGCCUACAUCUGUAUAUCUCUGGACAUGACAGGUGUGUUUCAAUUCUGUGCAUUUUGGGUAUCUAGAAAGGCAGGCAAUAGAGGUAUGCUGGCAUUUACUCUAUUCUUCAUCUUGACAAGUCUGAUGAGUGGCCUUACCAGCAACGAUGUGGUCAUCUUGACGGGUACAGUCUUUCUAUCUUACUUUACAAAGGUCUCAGAUAUCCCCCCUACCGCUUUUCUAAUGAGUGAGUUCACAACGGCCAACAUCGCGUCGAUGGCAUUGUAUAUUGGCAAUCCAACAAAUGUCGUCGUGUCUGAAGCAUACAACAUCAGUUUUAUCACUUACUCGGCCUGGAUGUUAUUGCCCACCGUUGCCUGCAUUUUGUUGGCCUAUGUUGUGCUUCGCAUUUUGUUCAGAGGCAACUAUUACUUGCCCCGUCAUAUUCAACCUCCCGAUGCCGAUCCCAAAAGUGUAUUAAUCGAUCCGCAAGGGGCGAUCUUUGGUCUGAUCUUGCUUGCCUGCUGUCUAUUGACACUUGUGGGCACUUCGUUUGCUCAUGUUCCUGUAUGGAUGGUGACUCUACCGUUUGCUUGUGUCAUGUUCCUGAGAGACAUCCGCCAUGAUCUCGGUAUUUCUUUUAGUCAUCUCUUCAACAUUAAACGAAGGUUCCCUAGACCCUUUUUGAACACAGCAGCGCAUGAUCAAGUGCUCGUGUAUGGCCCAGAAAACCAAAGCCAUCAUGAAAUCCAAUUAGAUGUCUUGAAUACACCACCUCCUGCCAUGUUACACAGUCAACCUACACCAGUACUAGGAUCUCAAGAGCAACAAGGUCAAGUGGAUAUCGGUACUGAUAGUCUAGGCAGCAGCAACAAAAUUCGCGCAGAAGAGCAAGAACAUGCCGUCCAGAAAAAUCUUAGAUUUCGAUCUUCUGCACCAUUGGAAGCACAAGGUGCCACAGAUCAAGCUGCUGCUGUUGUUGAAGAUGAUGAUAUUUCCUUAUUAUCUACUUCAAAAGAGCCUAAACGUAAAUACCUAAAGCCAUUCUACCGUGCUUCAAGAUGGUUUGGUAGUCGAUUCCCUACUCUAAAGGCUGUGUUUAUGCGUAUGCCUUGGUCUAUAUUACCGUUCAGCUUGGGUAUGUUUAUCUUAAUUGAAGCAUUGGCUGAAGAAGGCUGGGUAGGCAUCUUUGCCACAGCAAUGGCUGUGUUUGCAAAGAACUAUGUUACAGCCGUUUUCGGAAUGGUCUUUGUAUCCAUCUUGGCGUGUCAAUUACUGAAUAAUCUGCCUAUGACCAUCUUAUUUACUCAAAUCAUCCAGCAUCCUAAUUUUACUCAGCACGUUGAUUCUGAUGCAACUAUGCAAGGGUUUUUACUGGGGCUCAUUGUUGGAAGUAAUUUGGGUGCUUGCUUGACGUUGGUAGGGAGCUUGGCGGGCAUCAUGUUUGAUCAUAUUCUGAAAACAAAGGGUAUAUAUACCUUGGGUUACUUUCAGUUUCUGAAAUGGAACCUUGUCAUUUUGCCUGUCAUUGCACUUGGCGCCUCGGCUGUGCUCAUAGGAGAGAUUUGGUUCAUUUACUUGCGUUAG